AUGGCCAGUGCAGAUGAACAGGCGACCACAACCGCAGCGUCUACCGCUGACCAGAGCAAUGCUCCUCACGAACCACACACUGAAGAGGUGACUGUUCCGGAACAAUGUCGGAGGUCAGAGCGAGUCAGGAGGAGCCCAGCAUACCUCAGGGACUAUAUCCGUGACUAGACUCGUGACUUUAAAUCCUUCUUCGCGGUUAUCAUAGGGUUCAGUGUUCUCGUUUACCGAUCCUCUCAUGUCGAACUCACCAGCUGAUAGAUUUUGUCCUAUGGCAUUGAUUCUGAACUGAACUGACAUUGACACUUUUAUUGGUUUAUUUUCUUUUUUUUUUUUUCUUUUCUUUCUUUCUUUUCCUCUUUUUUCGAGCUUUUCUUCACAAAAAAAAAAAGGGAGGAUGUUACAAUAUGUACGUGAUUACAUGCGCCAUCAAUGUCUAACUAGACUGAGAUCGAGUUACAUCUGUGUUGCCUUACAACGCUGUAUGCUACCGAAUGGUUGAUAAAAACGGAUCUCUAAACAGAUAUAAACAUAAUAGCCCUCUACUUACAAGAAAAGUCGGCUUUAUUAACUAAUUAAAAUAAAAGGAUCGAUAAUCCCCGAAUAAAAAUUGUAAUAUGCGUUGGCGCCAAGGCUCACAAUUCAAUGCAUUGAAUUAUUACAAAAACAACAAUGAACGUACUUUUCGCUAACAAAAUUCUCAGUAAUUGACUUUGUCCUUACCGACAGAAAAGAAAUAUUUCACGCAAAAUGCCAAAAUCAGCUGGUGGCAAAUCUUCCAGCUCGACUCCAGCAGUCGAUUUUUGUUCUAAGCCGCGAGAAAUAUCAUUACCAAAGCUCGGUUUUUCUUUCCGUAUUUUGGUUUUCUUCCCAUUCUAGAAAAUUUUGAACGUCACUUUCUGUAAACGAUACGGAUUUUUCAGUAGCCACCAUCCGCGAAAAUUCCAACAAACGACCUUGGAUUGAGAAUGGUGAAGGCUGUAUUGUUCAUUCAUCAACCUGACCGAGUGGCGAGGAAGGCGAGUGACGUGUUAGCAGCUGAUUGGCGAUAUCAAACACACGUGGAAAAAUAUCGCAUCUUUUCACGUGUGUUGUUACGGCUUUUCUCGGGGCUGGAAAUCCUAGUAUAACAUCAUAGUUUAUGUGAUAAAUUAUGUUAUUAUUCAUCGUGGCGAAUAACUUGAUAGAUAUUUAAUCGUUUGUCUCACGGCAAAGAGUCAGGCGACCAAUUCAUCUUGAUAGCCUGACCAUAUCUUGAGAUAAACGAUAAAACAUCUAUCAAAUGUUUUAGUUCUUGUAAAAAGUUGAUGUAAUUACAAAACAUGACAAUUAGAUUGUCUAACAUACUUAAUAAUUGAGAUUACUCAAAUGAGAUUUAACCUUUACAAUCUAUAGACGUUCUCUUCCUUUAAUCAAGCAGAAAUCAGGCUGAAGCGGAUAAAAAAGCCAUUGAUGAUCUUGUCUGUGAAAGGGACAUCCUUAACCAGGUACUUUACCCUUGUCAAUUUUACUCUUAAUCUGAGCUUGGGAGUUUUGGGUUUUGGUUUUUAGAGGAGGAUGUUAUAUCUAAUAUUUGCUUUCAUUCUUGUUUAUUGAUCUUUUAAAAAGUGUUAAAUUUCUGUUAUAACCUUAGGGACGUUGACGUUUGAUUAAAAGGGAAUAUGGAUUUUGAAUGAAACAUCGUUCUUUUUAUGAAAAAGAUCAUCGCUUAGAUAAUUUUCCUUAGGUAGGCUAAAAACUAACAAUUUAGUUUGAGCUACAUUGAAUAAAAUUUACGAGGGAAAAGAAAUAUGCAUUUACUUCGUGAUAGAACAAAUAAGUAAAGAAUUGAUAGAUUGAUAUGAUUGAUAGACUGAUAUGCCUCGCGGCAUUUGAAUCCUUGUGAGUUCAAAUGGUUUUUUUUUUUUUUGCAUUUUUAUAAGGUUCAAGAGUCGUCCUUUACCAUUUUAUGGUAAAUUGAGCAAACACUAGUUCUAUCCUGUAUGCUAUGGAAUCAGGUGGUUCAUGUUGCAGGACCUCAUCCUGUUUGCUGCGUUAUGAAUCCACUUGGGGUAUCGCCAUUCCCCCUGGAUCGAAUGUUUGUCCAUUGCAGGUUCCCCUGCUCCCACUCCUUCCCUGGACUGACUGCUAG